AUGACUGGUAUCACAUUGUUCCCUUCCUCUACUGGACUGAUCCCUUUUUGGCAUCAUUGCACUGCCCCAAUUAGAGAUUUAAAAGCACUCAAAUGGACAAAGAUGCCUGGAAUUGAAGUGAUGUCACUGCAAUGGGAAAGAAGUAGACAAGGAAUUGACUUCCUGGAAAUAGGAUAGCCAGCAAUGUUAUCUUUUGUAACUUUGUACAUAGUAAAAUACUCUGAUCAGACAUUUAAAGUGAGUUCAUUGCCUUUGGGUAUUAUGUGAAAAUUAAUUUAUGCUUUGCAAGACAUCUACAGCGUGUGUGACUGAACAUCAUUAAUAGUGUAUUGAUUUACCACCAUGAUUGAGGGACUGAUAUCCACUAUGUUAGGAUGUAAAUAUCACAUCUUGCAGUACAGCUUUGAGUUUCUUGUAAAUAAAAAUACAGAACUAUGUUACACCUGUAUGGAAUAAAACAGGCUUUUAUUUUUCAUAUAUGGAAAAAUAUGUAACACCUUCAAAGGCAGGCACAGAGAAAGUGUUUCACAUUCUAAGAGAAAUGGACAACAACAUUGUUCAUCAUGACAAAAAUGUAUAGGAUAUAUUGUUUUGCAGAAGGAAUAUGGUUAAGCUGUAUUUUUAUUUAACAAAACCACUGGCCCAUGCAAGUUACAAAGGAAAUAUUUCUUAAUACAACAGUGUUAUGGCUCUGUUGACUGUUGGCCGAGCCUUUGAAAAUAGUUCCUCGGCGGGACGCUGUUUCACCAAUCCGUUUGUUGUUGAUGAUGGCACCGUCGAAGGAAUGGGCAUGCAGUUCCGCCAGGAAACUCCAGAGCCCGCCAGUCGCACUCCCAUGUGGUCUAGUUAAAUCAUGUAUGGCGGUGAAUUUUAGUGUAGCACCUGCAUGAUGUACCGUUGAAAUAGAAUAAGCAAGUGGCAUUAGGUCGUAUAAGUCAGGUACAGGCUGUCUAUGUUAGGGGAAAACCUAGGGGAAAUCACAUAAGCUUGCACGUGGUGGUAAAACCUUUCUAGAGGAAUUUCCCAGAUCGCUGUACAAAACACACGUUUGUACUAAAAUAUAUGGUUCCUCUAGUCUACACGUCAUAGUUGGCCAACAUUCGGUGACCUUUAUUAUGAGCCCUUACGAACAUAGCGGAUAACGUUCUUAUAAAGUGGACAUUCGAACAUUGCCAUUUACUUUAAAUCUGAACCCAGUGGCAACAGGAGUGUCAAGCGCUGUUCAGCCUCUAGUCGUCGGAAAGUGAAACUGCUGUGUCUUGUAAUCUACGAAACUUCCUGGUGGCAAACAGUUCGUCAUUUAUCAGACACCAACCAGGGAAGCUUCAGGAGCGGAGCAGAGGGUCCAUGUUGUGGAUCUCACUAAGGGCUCUGUCCCUUGCCUGAGGACCUGAGCUGAAACCCCGGCCAGGUCCCAGCACACAACAUGGGGAAUACAGUUAGCUGCUGUUGUCCUGCAAAUCCUUGCGACCAUCAGGAUGAGGGGCAGCGGCUGCUAAAUGAGGGCAUCCAGAGCCCGCAGACCUCCGCUAAAGUGUCGGAGGGGUGUUCACUGAGCCCAGACUGUGCCACUGCAGAGAGCUCUGAGACACCCUCACCCACAAAUGACCAGGUGACUGACCAGUCAAAACCAGGCUUGCCAGUGGAAACCUCUCAACCUGAGGUGGUCCGUGGUCAGGCAAAUGUUCAGGAGGAGGCAGAUGCUUUGUCCAUGCAGGUGAAGCCUGAGGCAUCAGCUGUUAUCAGUAAUGUGGAUGUAAAUGCAGCUUCUGCUCUGGAUAAGUAUGAAACCCAGGAUGUUUUCCCGGAGAAGAUAGAGAGCGUGGCUGUGUCCACUGAGAAGCUGGAGUGCAAGGAGGCUUCUAACGGGAUUAAGAACCAGGCCGCUACCAUCCUGAUUGAGAACCAGGCUGUUGCUGUGGUUGAGAACCAGGCUGCUACCAUCCUGAUUGAGAACCAGGCUGCUGCUGUGAUUGAGAACCAGGCUGCUGCUGUGGUUGAGAACCAGGCUGCUACCAUCCUGAUUGAGAACCAGGCUGCUGCUGUGAUUGAGAACCAGGCUGCUGCUGUGAUUGAGAACCAGGCUGCUGCUGUGAUUGAGAACCAUGCUUCUUCCACAGAGAAGCUGGACAGCCAAGCCGCUGCUACCGCGAUCGAGAGCCAGACCACUUCCACUGUCAUCGCAUCCACCGCGAUUGAGGGCCAGGCCGCUGCCUCCGCGAUCGAGAGCCAGGCCACCGCCUCUGCGAUCGAGAGCCAGGCCACCUCCGCAACCGAGAGCCAGGCCGUCUCAGCAAACGAAAGCCAGGCCGCCUCCGCGAACGAAAGCCAGGCCACCGCCUCUGCGAUCAAGAGCCAGGCCACCUCCGCGAUGGAGAGCCAGGCCGCCUCCGUGAACGAGAGCCAGGCCACCGCCUCUGCGAUCAAGAGCCAGGCCACCUCCGCGACCGAGAGCGAGGCCGCUGCGAUCGAGAGCGAGGCCACACCGAUCGAGAGCGAGGCCACACCGAUCGAGAGCGAGGCCACACCGAUCGAGAGCGGGGCCACACCGAUCGAGAGCGAGGCCACCUCGUUCGAGAGCCAGGCCGCCUCCGCGAUCGAGAGCCAGUCUGCCACCGCCUCCGCGAUCGAGAGCCAGGCUUUGUCCACCAAGAAGAUUGUGAGUCCGGCUGUGUCAGCUGAGAAGCUGAACCUUGACAUGUCCCUUGCAAAACUUGACAAAAGGGUUGUUUUUAUGGAGAACCCUGAGACCCUGGGCUCCUCUGUCAAGGUAGAAGCUCCAGUGAAGAAAGAAGCACUUGCUGAACUUCAGCAGGAUGUUGUUAUGGACUUAAAUGGUUCUCUUGCUGAGGAAUCAGCCAAAUGCCUUUCCAUUGGAUUUGACUCUGCCAUUCCAGUGGAGCAUUUAACAGAGGAAGCUUCCUCCAAGAUGGCAAAUAAUACCGAAGGAGUAGCCAUCACAGAGCCAUUGACCCAGGAAGAGGAUGGAGUCAAAUUGGAUGACAUUCAUGGUGGUAUAUUGAUCAAGGAGAUUGAUGAUGAUGAUGUCGUUCUACCCCAAGAGGACUUUUCCAUCAUUAUACCAGCUGUAAAGCUGGCGGACCUGCAGGUUCAGAAUUCCUUGGCUGAGGAGGUGGUGAAUGAGGCUCCCAGGGGGUUGUCUCCUUUCACUGAGAUUGCUGCCCAGUUGGACAAUGUUGGGCAACAGACACUGCUAGAACCCUCUUCAGCCUUGGAUUGCAAAGAGGAUGUCCCCCUACACAGCAUUGAGGAUGAGCGGCUGCUCAUCCCCAACGUGCUUAGCACAGGUUUUGCCUUCAUAGAUGCUAAGCUUGCUGGGGCUAUCUCGCAGGAGAGGAAUGAUAAUGGCGAAGUGUUCAGCACAGAGGGACAGUACCCUGAGAGUGGCCCGGAACUCUACUCUGCUCCCACUGACACUUCUUCAAGUGCGAAGGCUAGCAAGGACAAAAAUAGGACUCACAAGGACUCGAACUUCACAGAGGAGCACUGCAAUGGUGAAGACUUGAACAGCACCCUCCCCUCGGUUACAGCUGAACAAGCUGUUUGCGCUGAGAUUAGAGUCUCUGCUGCAGACUCUGCCCCCCAGGACUGUGUGUCUGGCCUGAGCAUUGUGUCUUCACUGGGUGACCUAUUGGAGGGACAAGAGACUGUGAAAUCCCAGGUGUCCAAGCAGCAUAAGCUAGACGUAGAGGCAAAGAGUGUUGCCACUGGAAUCACUGAUGGAGGGCAGGUCGUGAGUCCCCAGGGUGAGAGACCUAGGAGCGCUGGCAGGACGAGCCCGACGUUGGAUGGGCAUGAGCCCUGGUUUGAUUGCGAAGGAGAUCUCUACCGUGGCGAGGAGGAGAUUGAGGAAGAUGUGGAGAAGGGAAAACUGAUGGAAAUGACGGGACUUGAGGACCGAUGCAGUUUUGACCCGCCCGUGGCCAUUUUGAUUUACAGCGAGAGGGAAUGGAAAGGGCAGACCACCAAAAGCACAGUCAUCAGAAAGGGCUACGCUGUUCUCUCCCAGGCCUUUGGAUGCAUCCGGCGGGUCAGAGGAGACAACUACUGUGCCCUGCGAGCCACCCUGUACCAGGUGCUGAUGAACACUACCCAGCUUCCUGAGUGGGUCCAGCAGGAGAGCUUCUUAUUGAUCCCAGAGGAGCUGGAGGCUCGUUACGGUCUGAUUAAAGGAUGGUUGUUUCCUGACAUUUGCAAGCAGACCAGUGGGAGCGAAAAUGCAGUUGAUCUGAUGAAACACUACCUGGGCCUUCUCCAGAAAUGGUGGCAUGCAGCAGCAGCCUCCCCUGGGCUGGAGGGCCGCAGGCGUGUGUGUGAGCAGCUCUUCCAGAGCGACGAGGAUGAAUUUGGUCUCAUGGAGGCGCUCAAGCUACUGAUGUUAGCCUGUGGUGUGGAGUUGCACGCGGCCAUGCAGAGGGGCGAUGACGUGCCCAUCUUCUGCUGGCUGCUAUUCGCCCGUGACACCUCCUCAUGUCCACGCACGUUUCUGACCAACCACCUGAGCCAGGUGGGAUUCAGUGGAGGCAUGGAGCAGGUGGAGAUGUUUCUCCUGGGUCACACACUGCACCACACCAUCAAGACCUACCGCCUCUACAUGGCCGACACAGAGGAGUUCAUCACACAUUACCCUGAUGACCACAUUCAGGACUGGCCCUGUGUCUGCCUGGUGACCGAGGACGACCGCCAUUAUAACGUGGCAGUUGGCGAGCCUGCCCAUCCUCAGGAGGACCUCUCCGGAGGACUUCAGUGAUUGGCCACCCAGUUAUUUUACUGCAGCUUAAUUGUUGACCCAAGACACCAGGGUCAGAUUAUGGCCAACUCAGGAUACUAUUUUACACAAUUUUAAGCUUACUUAAAUAUAUUAUUUUCUCAGCAUCAUAUUUACUACUGUAUUGUGGAGUUUUUCUCUGGAAGUCUUGCUUUGGAAGAUACUGAGGCAUUUGUUGACUAUGUACAGUAACUCCAUACCUCAUGCAGAAGAACUUGGCAAAAAAAAAAAAGAUGACUGCUGUGAAGUAUUCUUUUAAGCACAAUAUGAGAAGGAUGCUUGAAGAUAAGUUACUAUGAGAUGUAUGCACUAUUUUCUCCAAGGCUGUGAUUCAUACUGGUCAAGGAAGAACAGGUUGGGACAUUGGGCCAGCUUGUCAACCAAUAACUCAAAUGAAGUGGCUCUCAUCAUGGUUUGUUGCCCUUACAGACAAACAAUAUAAUGACACUAGCCCAUGAAGAAAAUGACUAACUCUGCCUGGCCAGCACACUUUAUCAUGGUUUGUGGUUAGAAUUUGUGCAUUCCUCAACCAUGCCUGAUUCUUCUCUCACACAGAGCAACAGGACUGUUUUUUGUCUUUUUACUUAUGAAGUAAAAUCCUAUUUAAGGUUGUAAAAAACAAGCAUUUGAAUUAUAGAAAUGUGCCAAUACUUCAACAAGUGGAUUUACACAGCCUUCCUUUGAGGCUUUUCUACCGUAUGUAUUAAAAAGGGGGACACAAGACAUCUAGGGAGCUCAAGUAAUAUUUUCUUGUACUACUGAUUUUAGACUAACAACAGAUUCUCUAUUUUUAUACUUUGACUUAGUUCAGGUUUAGGUCAUUAGUUAUGUAAAUUAACUUUUAGCAGGUUAACAUUAAUCCGAUACUGGUGUUUAAGAAACAAGGAGAACAAAAAGGACUUUGAAAAUGUGUGUGAAACAGGUGCAGUUUUAAUAUGUCCGGACUGUAAUAAAAGACACAUUUUAUCAAUAAA